AAGUGAAAGCAACUGUUGUGGCUGGCUUGGAAGAUCGCUAGCUAACUUUGCCUAGCAGGAUCGCUGGCCGUCUGUCCCUGCCCUCUGCAGCUGCUGUUGCUCCGACGGGGCAGUCAACAGGGGUCGUAAACAGAAAAUCAAAACAUUUCAGUUCUGAAGUCAAGUCACGGAAGGCUCUGUAACACGGAAGAAAUGGAUCCCUCACCGACCAUUGGAGAGUUCUUCAGCACGCUGUGUGAGAUGGGCUUCACAGAGGCACAGAUUCAGGCUGCGGUGCAGGCUGGCCACUUCUCCGUGCCAGAGGCUGCGGAGUGGCUAUUACAAGGCGGGAGUCCAAGGCACAAGCUGGUUAAGCAGUCUUCACAGCCUCUAGAAACAGCCUUUUCCGCUUUCAACCCUCCAAAACACCAGGACGCCCUCAGCACUGCAGGUUCAUUACAGCCAGAGUCGUCAAACUCAAAAACUAAAGGUCCAGCGUCCCCCCUUCCACUGGAGUCCCGUAUAAAGCAGGAUAAGAAUGAGUUUGAGGAGCAGCAGAGACAGCGUGUGGCCCAGGAAGCCAGGGCUGAGAAACGACAGAAGAAGCAGGAGAGGGAGCUUGUGCUAAAGCGUAUUGCGGAGGAUAGGCGGAGCCUGCAGGAAAAGUCCCAGCCUACUGGCCAGCAGGAGCCCUCACCCUUCUCCUCCCCUGCGGAGGGCCACAGGCUGGGGGGCAGGGUGCAGACCAGCGUGGGCAACCACUGCAUCCUCAUGAUCCGGCUACCGUCCGGAGAGUCCAUGCGGGAGCGCUUCCCAGCAGACGCCCCCUUGCGCAGUGUCGUGGAGCACAUCUCUGGGCGCCACCCCUCCCUGCCGUCCUUUUCCCUCCUCCAGGGCUUCCCGCGGAAGCGCUUUGGGGAGGCGGAGCUGGCCUGCUCCCUGCGCUCCCUGGGCCUCACCCCAAAUGCUGCCCUCUGCAUCCAAACCACACCCCCGGAGACACCCCAGGACCCGCCCUGCCCACCUGGCCGCCCGGGGUGGGGGCGGGAGGAGGCGGUGCCCCCCAGUGCAUUGCCUCCACAGCAGAAUAAUGUCAUUGGGGAGGAGCUACCUGCCCUGCCUCCUCCGCUGCCCCCACCCCUGCCUCACCAGCUGUGGGAGGAGGCAGUGGGCUAUGCUGGCAUCCCUGGUGUGGGUCCACCACUGUCUGGGCCCUCUCACUACUGGGGGCGGGGCCAGAAACUGGUGCCAAGCAAUGGGGAAGAGAGGUCCAGCUCCGAUGAGGAUGAGCCCCUGGAGGAGCAGCAUGGAGAGCAAAACAUCCCUUUUCCUGCAGGUCUGCCACGGCUGCCCUUCUUCCCAGAGAACCGACCCCGGGGGGCGAUGGAACCCAGCCACCACUGGCCAGACCAGGGCAACAGGCUCAGAGAGGCGGCACCAGAGGACGCAGCGGGGCUUGAGGACAGGAGGGUGGCACAGGGGGCAGCGGGGCAGGCCGCAGUGGAGCGCCUGAGAGCAGCCCGCCAGGAUGACCCCUCGGGCGCCGCGGGGCAGCCCUCUCCCCCAAAGAGGCCCUUCAGGACACCCAGCGUGCCAUCCCUCUGCGCCAUGGCAACCCGUGCCACCGUCACUCUCAUGACAGCCCCUAGCAUGCAGUACAGCAGCAGCCUGGCCUGCCUGACCCCAGAGCUGGCUGAGCUCCUGCUGAACCACAUGUCUCGUGAGAGGCUCCUGCGUCCCCGCACCCUGGAGCUCUUCUUUGGCUGCCCGCUGCAAAAGUUUGUCCUCAACUCCUACCCGUACUCCACCAACGAGCUUCUGCGCCAGCUGAGGGCAUUCACCACCCUGAAGCACCUGAGCCUGGUCAACUCUCAGCUCAUUACAGACUCGGGCCUCUCUGUGCUUUCCAGCCUUCAGAAACUGCAGCACCUGAACCUGGCCUCCUGCAGUAAGCUGACUGACUCGUGUCUGCAGCACAUCACAGGUCUGAAGUCCCUCUCCUUCCUGUCGCUGGACCAUACCAAAGUGAGCGACGCGGGGAUGGUGAGGUACCUUCAGUCGGCCCCCUCGUCGCUCGUCCAGCUCAGUCUGAACCAGACGGGAGUGACGGAGGCCGCCCUGGUGGUGCUGCCGACCAGCGUGCCGCAGCUGCGCCUGCUCAGCAUUAAGCACACCAAGGUUAGCGAUGUGUCAGCCCUUGCGAAGCUGCUCAGCCUGCAGACGCUGCACCUGGAUGGGACAGGUGUGACAGAGGAGUCCCUGCAGCAGCUUGCCGCACAUCCAGCCUUGUCCACCCUCAGUCUGGCAGGCAUCCCGGUUGAAAACGGCAACCACACCCUCCAGAUCAUCUCAGAGCUUCGGCUGACCCAGCUGACCCUGCCAGGGCGCCACUCUGUGACGGACAGCGGGCUCGUCUACCUGUCCAGGCUGUCCUUGCUCGUGGAGCUGGACCUGACCGACUACACGCAUGUCACCGACCAGGGAACAGCCCAGCUGGCCACCAUGACCAGGCUGAAGAAGCUAUCUCUUAGUAACACCCUGGUGACGGACAAGGGCCUGCUGUCCCUGCGCAGCCUGCAGGAGCUGCUGGAGCUAUGCUUAGACCGAACUGCAGUCACCAGCCGAGGCGUGGCCGCCUGCGUCACCUGCCUGCCGAACCUGCAGGUUCUGGGCCUGGCCAGCACCCAGGUGGGUGACUCGGUGGUGAGGCGAGGUCUGCUCCACUGCACGCAGCUACUGAAGCUCAACCUGAGCCGGACGCGCAUCACUGACCACGGUCUGAAGUUUCUGCGGCAGAUGCGGCUAAGCCAGGUGAACCUGGAUGGGACAGGGGUGACCUUGUCGGGGAUCGCCAGCCUCAUCUCCUCCUGCCCUCACAUUGCCAGCAUCCGCGCCAGCCACACCCGAGCCAUCCCCCCCGACCAGGUCUCCGAUGACGACGACCCCCAGGCCUGAGCAGCCCACGUCACCUGACCCUGCAAGGUCGUCUCUGAGGCGUCGCUGUCCAAAUGGGCAAGCUGGGAGAAGCUACUGCCAAAGCAUGGGCACAGCUGGGUUACCCAUCUGCAACUGGUUUCGCACUCUGGGCUGAAAAUCCCAUCUUAGACUCCUUUAACAGUUUUCCUUUCCACCUCAGUGUUGACAGUGCAGACGCAAAUAUCUGUUCCCGCAGAUGAAACACCUUUUAUACCUGAGGGUGUGUGUGAGUGUCAGGUAACAGAUAAGUCCAGUGGACAUAACAAAUUGCCAUAGCCCAAGCAUGUUGUAAAAAUUCACAUUCAAAACAAGACAUUUUCCUUACACCAUGAAGAUGUCAGCCGCUUUCAGAUCAUAGCAUUGUGUAUGCCCCUGCUUUUGCUAUCACUUCUCUGAUGCAUGGCAAAGGAUAUCCCUGAAAAUUGCUUUUCCCUCCUGCAACAUAGGCCACAGGCUUUUUGCUGCCAGAUUUGGGAAUAAGUAAAAAGUGUUUGGCUGAUGUAUGAAUGGAUACUAAUCAGUUAACAUGGGUACAAAAUCUAGAUUAAAUAUAGACAAAAUGUGACAAUCUGU